AUGGCAAUCUCCGAGAUACCAGAAAAAGGUAGAUCCGGUUAUAACAAGAAGAAGGCAGUUCUCAUUAUAGCGCUUUCGGUUUCUUCAGCAGCAAUGCUUGUGUCUGCAGUAGCAUAUGCUUGUAGAAAGAAAAUGAAAAGGCCUCACAAGAAAGGACGAGGGAACAGGUGGCAGACAUUUGAUAAGGAUAAAGUUGAGAUGGAAAACUUUGGUGAAUUACCAUUUUUCAGCCUGUAUAGAAUAGCAAAGGCUACUAAUAACUUUAGCAUUGACAAUCAGAUUGGAGAAGGUGGUUUUGGUCCAGUUUACAAGGGUGUGUUGGAAGACGGAAAAGUAGUAGCUAUAAAGCGGCUCUCAGAAACAUCCCAACAAGGACACGAAGAGUUCCAGAAUGAAGUCAUUUGUAUCGCCAAACUUCAGCAUCGGAAUCUUGUGAAGCUCCUUGGAUAUUGCAUUCAUGGAAAUGAAAAGAUUCUAAUUUAUGAAUACAUGGAUAACAAAAGCUUGGACUCGUUUCUAUUUGAUGAAACUAGAAGUUCAAUGCUUGAUUGGCCUCAACGCUUUAACAUCAUACAUGGUAUGGCACGAGGUAUUCUUUAUUUACAUCAAGAUUCCCGCCUCCAAAUCAUCCAUAGAGAUCUCAAGGCAGGAGAGGAUGCCACGGCUAAGACAAAGAAGGUGGUUGGAACACAUGGAUACAUUUCUCCAGAGUAUGCAAUACAUGGACGUUUCUCAAUAAAGUCAGAUGUAUUUAGCUUUGGUGUUCUUGUGCUAGAGAUAGUAAGUGGGAAGAAAAAUAAAGAAUUCUCUCAUGAGGCUCGUAGUGACAACCUUCUUGGACAUGCAUGGAGACUCUAUAAGGAAGGCAAGUCCAUUGAACUCAUGAGUGUGUCUUUACGCAACUCAUGUGUCGUCUCUGAAAUACAACGAUCAAUACAUAUUGGAUUAUUGUGUGUUCAACAUCAUCCAGAAGAUAGGCCAACUAUGUUAUCAGUGGUUCUUAUGCUCAUAAGCGAUGGUGUAUUGCCUCCACCUAAACAACCAGCCUUUUUCACCGAAGAAAGCAAUGGUUUACUUAACUCUGUUUCAUCAUUGGAUGAUGAAUACAUGAUAACACUAUUGUAUCCUAGAUAAAUGGCCAUAUGUUCUUGGGUUCAAUAGCUUCAAUUGCCUUGUUCAACCUUUUUAGACAAGACAUAACAUCUUAACUUUGUGUCAUGAACGCCAAUCUCAAUCUUAGUUUAGAUGCAUAAUACUACACGCAAUAUAACAAAAGUGGUAUGAAAAACUUUAAAAUGAAGUUG